CCCAAGUUUCAAACAAGGUAGUACUCUCCAGUAGGGUUUAGGGGCAAAAUCAGAAACCAAAAGAGUAGAAGGGUUUAUCUUCCUCCUCCCAAAUUUACACCCACUACUGCAGUACAAGUAGAAGAAACCAACACUGAGAGCAACGCCUGAAUGGCGCUUCUGAGACCUCCUUUCAACUUCUUCGCUCUUCGCGUAAUGGGCUCCCGUUUCAUCACCUCCUCCUCCUCAUCUACUGCCAUCAUUCGCUCCCGCAACCUCUCUCUCCCCUCACCCUUUUCUCUCUCUCGCUCCUCGCUCAUCUUCAGACCCAGGAGUAGUUUUCCAUCAACAAGGGUUUCAAGUCAUUUGUUGACAAGAUAUGGCGUGUCUCCGAUGGCUUCCAUGUCGUCAGGCAUUGCGACUGAAGCUUCUCAUGAAAGUACGAGCUCAACUUACGGGUCCGAACAAAUUCAGGUGCUAGAAGGUUUAGACCCUGUCAGGAAAAGACCGGGAAUGUACAUUGGAAGCACUGGUCCUCGUGGUUUGCACCAUUUGGUUUAUGAAAUAUUAGAUAAUGCUAUUGACGAGGCGCAAGCAGGAUUUGCUUCAAAGAUAGACGUCAUAUUACAUGCAGACAAUUCAGUGAGCAUUACUGACAAUGGGCGCGGGAUUCCAACUGAUUUGCAUCCAGCGACAAAAAAAUCUUCUUUGGAGACUGUCUUGACGGUUUUACAUGCAGGUGGCAAAUUUGGUGGGUCAAGUAGUGGUUACCGUGUCUCAGGAGGGCUACAUGGGGUGGGCUUGUCGGUUGUGAAUGCUUUAUCUGAGGCAUUAGAAAUUACUGUUUGGCGCGAUGGGAAGGAAUACCAGCAGAAAUAUGCUCGUGGCAAGCCUAUAUCAACUUUAAUGUGUCACGAGCUUGCAGAUGAAUCAAAGGAUCAUCAAGGGACAUUGAUUAGGUUUUGGCCUGACAAAGAAGUAUUCACUACUGGCAUUCAGUUUGAUUACAACACCAUAGCUGGGCGCAUAAGGGAGCUUGCAUUUCUAAACCCAGAGCUUACUAUUGUCCUCAAGAAAGAGGAUGCAGAUCCAGAGAAGAGCCAGUACAAUGAAUACUGCUAUGCUGGUGGACUGGUUGAAUAUGUGAGGUGGCUAAAUACUGAUAAGAAACCACUUCAUGAUAUUGUGGGUUUUAGAAAAGAAGCAGAUGGAAUCACAAUUGAUGUGGCUCUGCAGUGGUGUUCUGAUGCAUAUACGGAUACCAUGCUGGGAUAUGCUAAUAGCAUACGCACAGUUGAUGGUGGUACUCACAUUGAUGCUGUAAAGGCGUCCUUAACAAGAACCCUCAACAACCUCGGGAAAAAAAUGAAAAUUUUCAAGGAGAAAGAUGUCAGCUUAAGUGGUGAACACGUAAGGGAGGGCUUGACAUGUAUUAUUUCUGUCAAAGUACAAAAUCCAGAGUUCGAGGGACAAACAAAGACAAGGUUGGGAAACCCAGAGGUGAGGAGAGUCGUUGAUCAAUCUAUCCAAGAGUUCCUCACAGAGUACUUGGAGUUGCACCCAGAUGUCCUGGAUUCAAUCCUUUCGAAGUCACUUAACGCGCUAAAGGCAGCUCUAGCGGCAAAGAGGGCAAGGGAACUGGUGAGACAGAAGGGUGUUCUAAAAUCCUCAUCUCUUCCCGGAAAGCUUGCUGAUUGCUCAGCCACAGAUCCUGAGGAAUCUGAGAUAUUCAUUGUCGAAGGAGAUUCAGCUGGUGGUAGCACAAAGCAAGGUCGUGACAGGCGGUUCCAGGCUGUUCUUCCCCUAAGGGGCAAAAUUUUGAAUAUUGAAAGAAAGGAUGAAGCUGCUAUGUACAAGAAUCAAGAGCUCCAAAAUCUUAUCCUUGCUCUGGGACUUGGAGUAAAGGGAGAAGAUUUUAAAAAAGAUGCUCUCCGCUAUCAUAAGAUAAUAAUUUUGACUGAUGCUGAUGUAGAUGGGGCCCAUAUUCGAACAUUACUUUUGACUUUUUUUUUCAGAUACCAGAGGGCUUUAUUUGAUGAAGGCUGCAUUUAUGUUGGUGUUCCACCUUUAUACAAGGUUGAGAGGGGAAAGCAAGCACAUUAUUGCUAUGACGAGGCAGAACUUAAACAGCUACAGAGCUCUUUCCCUCCAAAUGCAUCAUAUAACAUUCAGAGGUUUAAAGGUUUGGGAGAAAUGAUGCCUUUACAAUUAUGGGAGACGACAUUGGAUCCAGAGAGAAGAUUGCUAAAGCAGUUAAUCGUUGAGGAUGCCGCUGAAGCAAAUGUAGUUUUCUCCUCUCUGAUGGGUGCCCGGGUGGAUGUGCGGAAGCAACUUAUACAGGACUCUGCUAACAUGAUCAACAUCGAACAACUGGACAUAUGACCCAUAUCAUCAUCCAAUGUACAAGGAGGUAUUCUUUGUAGACCAAGACGGCAAUUAAGUGUGUUUCUGUUCUCACCAUUUUUGAUGAAGUUUGUAUAUCUCCCCCAAAAGGAAGUCAACAUUUUUACUACUGAAGCAGAUGAUUCUUUAGUUUGUCGGUCCAUUUCCUUCCAAAGUAUGCUUGGAUAGAUGGGGAGGAGGGUUUCAAUACCUCUGGUCAUAGUCCUCAAACCAUGAGCGGGUACUUGAUGUGUAUCAUGCAUGUGAUUUCCUGUAAGUACAGAAUGCAAUCAUGUAUUAAUCUCCAUAUUCGAAGAGACCAGUCGCAAUAGCUUGCCAAGUUGCGAUUGAGUUGGAAAUCGUUUAGCAACAGCAGCAAGAUUAAGUUAUGCCUGUAUUUUUCUGGGAUAUGUGACAAGUAUAGUUCUUCGUUUUCUACUC